GAAGAUCGAGGGAAGUGACGUAUUUACCUAACACUUCUUCGAUAUCCCAACGUGGAAGGGCUUCUAUUGUCUCCUUACUAUAUUUCUCUCUCCAAAUUCAUUCAUCAACCAAUCCAAAAGCACCUCUCUCUCUCUCUCUCUCUCUCUCUCUCUCUCUCUCUCUCUCUCUCUCUCCGAUGGCGAUUGCUCUCAAGUCCGGAGUCAGCUUCCUGCAAUCCAGAAAACCCGAAUUCGGAUUCGUCAAUUCUUCGCGUAGUUCAUCGGUUUCCAUCAAGAAAUCGACGCCUAUGGCUGCUCUUUCGGCCAUUUCCGGUUCCACAGUUGGCCUCGCUGAUACUUUCACAGAGCUAAAGAAACAAGGAAAAGUGGCCUUCAUUCCGUAUAUCACAGCAGGUGACCCAGACCUCUCGACCACUGCAGAAGCAUUGAAAGUCUUAGACGCUUGUGGUUCGGACAUUAUUGAGUUAGGUGUUCCUUAUUCUGACCCACUUGCGGAUGGACCGGUUAUCCAGGCUGCGGCAACUCGGUCCUUGGCUAAGGGAACCAAUCUUGAUAGCAUCCUUUCGAUGUUGGACAAGGUUGUUCCCCAAUUAUCUUGUCCAAUUGCGUUGUUCACUUAUUACAACCCGAUUCUUAAGAAGGGGUUGACAAAGUUUAUGUCUAGCAUCAAAGAUGUUGGUGUACAUGGACUUGUGGUUCCUGAUGUUCCUCUUGAGGAAACUGAGAUGCUGAGGAAGGAAGCCCUUAACAGCAAGAUCGAACUGGUCCUGCUUACUACACCGACCACACCAACAGAGCGAAUGAAGAGAAUAGUUGAAGCAUCAGAAGGGUUUAUAUAUCUUGUAAGCUCGGUAGGAGUGACGGGUGCACGUUCGUCUGUAAGCGGAAAGGUUCAGUCACUCUUGCAGGAAAUCAAAGAGGCAACAAACAAGCCAGUGGCCGUAGGGUUUGGCAUAUCGAAGCCCGAGCACGUUGAACAGAUGGUCAGAUGGGGAGCUGAUGGAGUGAUCGUCGGGAGUGCGAUGGUGAAACUGUUGGGCGAUGCAGAGUCGGCGGAGGAAGGACUGAAGGAGCUUGAGAGCUUCACAAAGUCCCUCAAGUCUGUUCUUCCCAGCUGAAUCCUAAACUCGGUUUUACAGCAGUUAGAAUGCUGUUGCUGUUGUUAGCAGACAGUGUUUCUGCGUUUGUCUCCUUUUGUAUACAUAUGUCUGAACCUUGACAGAUUCUUUUAGCAGUUUUUUGAAACUCUAUAGAACGGUUCCCGUUAUUUGGUUCUGUCAAAAAACGAUAAUAAAGAAAAAAUUUGUGUUA